AAAUGGUCAAGUCCACAGACAUCUUGCUUAUGGUUGUUACUAUACUUUUCCCGCCAGCCGCUGUCGCUUUCAUAUCUGGCUGCUCCUGUGAUUUGCUAAUAAAUGUUGGUUUAUCUCUUCUUGGAUAUCUCCCUGGACACAUCCACGCAUUCUGGCUGAUAUUCAAGCGUAUGGCUGCAGAGGAGAAAUAUGGUUACAAAGGAUUUAGAUACCUCGGAAGCGGAAAAUAUGAGAGUAUAGAUGGUCUCACGACAGAGCCACAUCAGCCGCCACCUGCCUACGGUGCCACAGACAACGCUUGAUGUCUUUUUUCGCCGCUGCAUAUGUUAGCUCAUUUUUUCAAUAUAUUCUUGUACUAUUACUUUAACAUCAACUUCAAACAUCG